UGUUAGGGCAACCCGUCCAUCAUUCUGUUAUUUUUUAGCUCUUUACCUCUCUUGUUAAAAUAUAAUCAUGUCUGUUGACAAGGGCCAGUCUUCCCCGAUAACAACUUCUCCGCCAUUAGCGGCGGUCCCAAUCCAAUCCCAACCUCCGGUUAAUUCGGCUCAGCCAACUGCUACAGAGGCCACGGCAAGCUAUGAAGAUGUGGUAUCGGAUGAGGUGCUAUUCUUGGCAACUCUGGAGGCCCUACACAGAUCUCUUGGUACCAAGUUUAUGGUACCAAGGGUUGGAGGAAGACCUCUUAAUCUACACCGCCUAUUUGUUGAAGUUACUUCCCGUGGUGGACUUCAAAAAGUUAUUAGAGAUCGAAUAUGGAAAGAUGUAAUUUCUGCCUUCAACUUUCCAUCAACAAUUACAAAUGCAUCAUUUGUUUUGAGAAAGUACUACAUCUCCCUGCUUCAACAUUAUGAAGAAGUAUACUUCUUCCGCAAUAAAGACCCGAUAGACCCAAUCACUGGUACAAAUUAUGGUAGUCCUUCAGCAUCAAAACCAAAUCAGGUGGGAACUACUGGUGCUCAUGGCACCAGUGGAAAACAUUUAGCAGAUUCUUCUUCUGGUGAGGUUCUUAUCGACCAAGAACCAUUAAAGCAACAAGAUCCUACAAAGAUAGCACAGCAAAAGAAUUCAACAGGACUUCAGUUACCAGGAUAUCCACCACUAGAAAUAGGUUCUUGGUUGAGAGGGGAAAUUACAGGAAAGUUUGAAAAUGGAUAUCUAGUGACUGCUAUCUAUGGUUCUGAAAAACUCACCGGUGUUCUAUAUCAUGCUCAUUCUGAUGGUUCUCAGAGUCAGACGUUAUCUUCUUCAUCUUCUGGUCAACGAAGAAGGAAAAGGUCUUCCCAAGCCAUAGAAGAACAUUCUCUUUCUAAAUCUAAUAGCUGUAAUCUAUAUUUUGACCAUGGUGUGAAAGUCAACCCCUCAUUAUCCACAGAAGAAAAGAAAAUAAGCAAGCAGUUGGGAGAUUUAUGGAACCGACUCACUCAACCAAGCAAUGAGGACAACCAGGAGACCGAGAGCGAGGGAUAGGACAUUUAUGGGUUGCAACCUUGGAGAAGAAAUCCAACUUGCCUGGUUGAUAAUAUUUUUUUCAAAAAAUGGAGUGGUUUUAGAUGUGCAGUAGUAAUCUACUACAGAACUGCUUCAGGAUCUUGUCCAAAGUCUCGUGAGGCCAGAAGAGUAGAUACCUUAAGAGUGUUUAAUUCCACAGUAUUUAUAUUGCUGCAAUUGUUGUUUCUUACUCCUGACUGGAAAGAAUUAUCACAACUAAUGAGAACUAUUCAGCUUGUCCUCUUUUAUCACUUUCGUAAUGGAAGAAAUGAAAUUAUUACUGCUUUAAUAA